GUUGAGUGAUGUUUCUUUUUUCUCACACCAUUCGUCCCCUAUUUUGAGAAGAAAACAAGAAAACAUAGACGCCGUCAUAAUAAAAUCAUUUGAAUUCAACAAUACCCCGCAACGAUGACCAAUAUCAGAGUUCUAUCCAUCACACUAUUGGCAUGUGUUCUCUCUUCAAUCGUGAGAGAGCUCGAGUCGUUCCAAAUUAGAUCUCCCGAACAAGAUGUUUCCAACGGGCGCUUGUCCGUUCGGUACACGGAGACGCUGGCAAUGGCAGUUGCAACUUCAGAGAUCGAGGAAGCAAGGAAUAUGAUGCCGGAAAUUGUGAAUAGAAUGCCUGAGCCUCUUCCAGAUAACCUUAAAAACCGAUACUAUAUGCUCCGUCAUGGGCAGAGUACAGCUAACAUUGCCGAGAUCAUUUCCUCCUCGCGGUCUCUUGCCUAUUCAGAGAAGCACGGACUGACGGCCUUUGGAUAUGAACAAGGAAAGGAAUCGGCAACUCAAUUACUAGACGUCAUGGAUAAAGAAGGUGCAAAGUCUGGAGAGAAAAUUGUUUUCGUUUCGUCGCCCUUUGCUCGUGCUAAGCAAACCGCCGAGGCUUGUUUAGAUGGGUUGAUGGGCAACGAAGAGAAUCAAGAAAGAAUACGAACGAUGGGUAUCGAAAUCGAAAAUGAAAUAUCAAUCGACAACAGGCUCAUGGAACGUUAUUUUGGUCGAUUGGACGAUGAUUCAAUUUAUACCUACGCCUAUGUUUGGCCAAUGGAUGCAAUCAAUGUCACGCACACGGCCUUUGAUGUGGAAUCGGUAGCAGCGGUAUGCACAAGAUUGUUAGAAGUAGUGAAGAGAUGCGAAGAGCAAUACGACAACAUGCACAUUGUGUGGGUGAGCCAUGCAGAUGUCCUUCAAAUCGGACAACUGUACGCAGCGAACGCCGAGAACGUCGGGAGAUUCAGCUCCUAUCGAUUUAAAAAUGGAGAGGUCCGAGCUGUGAAGAAUACUCCAGACUCGCUACCCAAUCCUGUUCCAUUGGAAGCUCCAAAGCGAGGAACGGCGCAAUACUCAGAAUUAAAGGAACUUCCUAAACUUUCACAAUAAGAUGUCUGACAAUCAGUUUGGUUACACAAUCUUUUUUCUGUUCAGCUCUUCAUUGUAUAGCUU